UCAAGACAUCCAAAGUAGUUAUGUCGUAAAUUAUUCGUUACUAGCAAUUUGUCAAUCGAUCGAUUCUUUCGAGAGGAUAUUUGAUGUUUCAAGAUGGUUCUCCGCGUGCAAGUAGUCACAGUGUAAAGAACACACGAUAACAACGAGCUAAUACUUCGAUCGAGUUACUUACACAUCUUUAUCAAAGGUACUUUAAGGGUAUAAAUUAACAAGGGCGAAUAAAUGAUUAAAUCACCACUUUGGUUUACGACAAUCGAAAUGACAGCAGGUACGCAUUACUUAGUUGCACUAUUCGUGUAAAUAUUACAUGGUAGAAAUAAAGUAAAAGCAUAAUGGCCAAUCCCAGACACUCAACAAACUUCACUGUCACUCAUCAAGUGUCAAUCGCAUAUACUGCCGUGCACUCUCAAUAUCAGUUUUCUCCUUACUAUGGACAAAGCCACAGUAGUAAACGAGUACAUGAAAGUAGUGAAGAUAUGUACUAUGAUGGGCGGAAUUUGGCCUGAUCAGAGUAAAUUUUCGAAACUCGUUAUGCGAACGAUUAUAUACAUCGUCGUUGUGCUAUCGCUUGUUACGCAGAUGGCAAACGUUGUGUGUUUCUACAGUCUACAGACCGUAGUAGAGCAGGUCUGUUUUUUUAAUGCGGUAGCUGCAGUAUUGAUAAAGCAAGGGAAUUAUAUUGUAAACAUGGCGGAGUACAAGAUGCUGCUUACUGCUAUUUGGAAGGAUUGGUCAGCCAAUAGACGGAUUGAUGAAUCUGACAUUAUGGUCGAGUACGCCAAAAGGGGAGCCUUUUUUUCUCGGUUGUACUGCGGACUUGGCGUUUUCUGUUCCAUAAGUUUUAUUCAACUAUCUCUAUCGCCAUAUAUUUUAGACAUAAUUUCACCGAACAACGAAACGCGAGAUUUAAUAUACAUUUAUCCAGCUUAUUAUUAUAUCGAUGAUCGGAAGUACCGUAUGUUUAUAAGUUUUCAUAUGAUAUAUACGGUUAUAUCAACAUUUUUUGUGUAUGUCGGCUGUGAUGCGAGUUAUAUAUAUAUGGUGCAACACGCCUGUGGGCAGUUAGCGGUGGCUGGACAUCGUUUCAAGAAUGCGCUUUCAGAUUUGUCUAUCGACAAUGAAAAGAGUGGAAUGCAGGAUAAGAGUUAUGAGAGAGUGCUUCAUUCGAUUCGAGAACACCAAUAUGCUACAAAGUCAGUACUGAAAUUAGAAAAACAUUAGUUGCCGCCAUUCUCUUGUUAGCUUAUUUCAU